AGGAUAUAUAAAUAGUCGUACUCUUAGUCUCUGACCGGCGAAAAACUCAGCUGCUCCACAACGAUGGCCGGGGGUCACGUCGCGCUGUUCCCGCUGCCGUUCCAGGGCCACCUCAGCCCGGCGCUGCAGCUCGCCGACGCGCUCCACGGCCGAGGCCUCGCCAUCACCGUCCUCCACACCACCUUCAACGCCCCCGACCCGGCCGCCCACCCGGAGUUCGGCUUCGUCGCCGUGGCCGACGGCGGCAUGCCGGACGCCAAGGACGGCAUCGGCAAGAUCCUCGCGAUGAACGAUGCCAUGGAGGAGUCAGGGUGCGUCCGCGACGCGAUCGCGGCCUUGGAGCCCCGCCCGUCGUGCCUUGUCAUCGACACCAGCCUCCCCGCCGCGCAGAAGGCCGCGGCCGAGCUGGGCAUGCCGACGGUCGUGCUGCACACCGGCAGCGCGGCCGCCAUCCGCUUGUUCCGGUCCUACGCCAUGCUCCACGACAAGGGAUACCUGCCGGCGCAAGAGCACGAGCUGGACAAGCCGGUGAAGGAGCUGGCGCCGAUCCGGGUGUCGGACCUGUUCGACCCCAGCAAAUAUCCCAACCCAGAGAUGGCGAACAGGCUCCUGGACACGGCCACCGAGGUCACAGACAACUCCUCGGGGGUCGUGAUCAACACGUUCGAAGCGCUCGAGACCCCGGAGCUGGAGGCGAUCCGUUCCGAGCUCGCCGCCAGCGGCGUCGGGGUCUUCGCCAUCGGCCCGCUCCACAAGCUCUCCGCCAUCGGCGGCGCCGGCAGCAGCCUGCUCGAGGCAGACCGGAGCUGCAUCGAGUGGCUGGACGCGCAGGCCGCGGGCUCCGUGCUGUACGUGAGCUUCGGGAGCGUGGCCCCGGUGAGCCGGGAAGACUUCGAGGAGGUCGCGUGGGGCCUCGCCAACAGCGGCAGGCCAUUCCUGUGGGUCGUCCGGCGGGGCCUCGUCAUCGGCUCCGGCGCCGAGGACGUAGAGCUGCCGGAGGGGUUCGAGCGGGCGGCGGAGGGCAGGGGCAAGGUGGUGCGGUGGGCGCCGCAGCAGGAGGUGCUCGGCCACCGUGCGGUCGGCGGGUUCUGGACGCACAGCGGCUGGAACUCGACGCUGGAGGGCAUCUGCGAGGGGGUGCCGAUGCUGUGCAGGCCGCUCUUCGGCGAUCAGCUGGCCAGCGGGAGGUACGUGGAGGAGGUGUGGCGGACGGGAGCCUUGCUGGCGGGCAAGCUGGAACGGGGCAAGGUUGCGGAGGCGAUCGCGAGGUUCAUGGAAGGGGACGAUGGCGCGGCCAUGAGGGAGAGAGCGAAGGAGCUUCAGAUCAAAGCAAUGGAGGCUUUGGGCAGCGCGGGGUCAACUCAGCUGGCAGUAGACAAGUUGAUAGAUCACAUACUGUCCCUAUGAGUCGAAGUAAUACAUGGUUCACAUGGUGCAGUCUGUCAGAACGUGUGUGUGGCUACGGCAUGCAAACAAUAAUAUUUCUACGUGAUGGUCUACAAAGACUGCUAGUCCCUCACUAGUUCGAAUUUGAAUCACCUAUUCUGGGAUGGAGGGAACAAUUUCAUAGAUCUAAACGAUCUUAUAUUCUUUUCA